ACAAAAAAAUGACUUGGCACAAAGUUCCUAUCAUAGGGCUGCUUUUGCUCCUAACCAUUGUUGUCUCUCCGGCAACAGCUGCCGGACCUGUUUGCCCUCCGUCCACCAAACUUAGCCGAGCAAGUUUCCCUGAGGGUUUCAUAUUUGGCACGGCUACUGCAGCAUUUCAGAUUGAAGGUGGAGUGAAUGAAACAUGUCGUGGACCGGCCUUAUGGGAUAUCUACUGUAAGAGAUAUCCAGAGAGAUGCAAUGGCGAUAAUGGUGAUGUGGCCGUUGACUUCUUCCACCGUUAUAAGGAAGAUAUUCAGCUAAUGAAGAACCUAAACACAGAUGCCUUCAGACUCUCUAUCGCGUGGACAAGAAUAUUUCCUCAUGGGAGAAAGGAGAAAGGAAUUAGUCAAGCUGGUGUCAAAUUCUACCACGAUGUCAUCGAUGAGCUCAUUAGAAAUGGAAUAGUUCCGUUUGUGACUGUUUUUCACUGGGACACUCCACAAGAUUUAGAAGACGAAUAUGGUGGUUUUCUAAGUGAGAGGAUUGUGAAGGAUUUCCGGGAAUAUGCAGACUUUGUUUUCCAAGAAUACGGUGGAAAAGUGAAACAUUGGAUCACUUUCAACGAGCCAUGGGUUUUCUCUCAUGCCGGUUAUGACAUAGGCAAGAAGGCACCAGGACGUUGCUCUUCCUAUGUAGAUUCAACGUGCAAAGGGGGACGAUCAGGAUUCGAGGCUUACCUUGUCAGUCAUAACCUCCUUAACGCUCAUGCAGAAGCCUUUGAAGCUUUCACACAAUGCCAAAAGUGUAAAGGUGGCAAGGUCGGAAUCGCACAUAGUCCGGCUUGGUUCGAGCCACAUGACUUUCAUGAUGCACAAGAUGGUGCAUCCAUAAACCGUGCACUUGACUUUAUGUUGGGAUGGCAUUUGGAAACUACUAUGUACGGAGACUAUCCACAGAUCAUGAAAGACAUUGUUGGACACAGAUUGCCCCAGUUUACUACUGAGCAGAAAGCAAAACUGAAAAACUCCGCUCAUUUCGUAGGCCUCAACUACUACUCGUCGAUAUUUUCGAACCAUAUCGAGAAUCCAGAUCAUUCUAAGCCAGUAUGGAAGCAAGAUUCUCUUAUUUCUUGGCAACGUAAAGGUUUGAGAAGUCUUUUGAAGUACAUCAAGGAUAAAUAUGCAAACCCUGAAAUUAUGAUCAUGGAAAAUGGUAAGUGGAUAUUCUCUCAUAUCAUCAUCUCUUAUUUAUUUUGCUUAUAUGAUAUGAGUAACGAUUAUAUCGAAGAAUCUAAUCAAAACAUAUUAUGGCAAAACUGCAGCAUCGACAAAGUGAAUGUUACAGGAUACUUUAUAUGGUCGUUGUUGGACAACUUCGAGUGGAAUGAAGGUUACAAGAGCAGAUUCGGACUCUACUACAUUGAUUUCAAUAACAACCUCACACGAAUUGAGAAAGAAUCUGGAAAGUAUUACAAAGACUUCCUAAGUCAAGGUUUGAGAAGUCUUUUGAAGUACAUCAAGGAUAAAUAUGGGAACCCUGAAAUCAUGAUCAUGGAAAAUGGAUAUGGAGAAGACCUUGGAGAAACCGAUUCAGUUGCAGUUGGUACUGCUGAUCACAACCGAAAAUAUUAUCUUCAGAGGCAUCUUUUGAGUAUGAAUGAAGCUAUUUGCAUCGACAAAGUGAAUGUUACAGGAUACUUUAUAUGGUCAUUGUUGGACAACUUUGAGUGGAAUGAAGGUUACAAGAGCAGAUUCGGACUCUACUACAUUGAUUUCAAAAAUAACCUCACACGUAUUGAGAAAGAAUCUGGAAAGUAUUACAAAGACUUCCUAAGUCAAGGUGUUCGUCCAUCUGCGAUCAAGAGAGAUGAACUUUGA